GCUACUGUGGAGAGAGACAGACUGGUAGCUGGCUGCAGCAGCAGGGCAAUGGCGAUCUGAAGGCCGUCACCCGCCGCCCGCCCGCCGGAAAGCUCGACGGGAAUGGAGCGGAUCCUCAAGUCCGCCAGGGAGUCCGGCUCCCUCAACCUCUCCAACCGCGCCCUCAGCGAUGUGCCUGGGGAGGUGUACAACAACUUGGACACUGGCAGCUUGGACGACAAAUGGUGGGAGGGAGUGGACCUUCAGAAGCUCAUACUGGCCCAUAACAAUCUCGAAGUCUUGAGAGAAGACUUGAGAAAUCUGUCUUCUCUCGUCGUGUUAAACAUAAGCCACAACCAGAUAUCUUCCCUCCCCGCAGCCAUUGGAGACCUUCCUUUGUUGAAAUCGCUGGAUGCCUCGUUCAAUCAAAUAAAACUUAUACCUGAAGAAGUUGGCUUGGCUAGUGCUUUAGUCAAGGCUGACUUCUCAAAUAAUUGCCUCACUGAGCUGCCAGCUAGCCUUGGCAGAUGCUUGAACUUGUCAGAACUCAAGGCAUCGAACAACAACAUAUCCAGAUUGCCAGAUGAGCUUGCUGGCUGUUGCAAGCUAAGUAAAUUUGAUAUGGAGGGAAACAAGCUUGUGCUACUUCCAGAAAAUAUGUUCACAUCAUGGACACUGCUCACAGAGCUGAAUGCCGCAAAAAAUCAACUUACGACCAUUCCGGCUAGUAUCGGAGCACUUUCAAAGUUAGUUCGAAUGGAUCUGCACCAGAACAAGAUAACUUCGAUUCCUUCUUCCAUAAAGGGCUGCUCUUCUCUAGCUGAGUUCUACAUGGGAAAUAAUUCAUUGUCGACAAUACCAGCUGAUAUUGGCAUGCUAUCAAAAUUAGGAACACUUGAUCUUCACUCCAAUCAGCUGAAGGAGUAUCCUGUGGGAGCUUGCAAACUCAAGCUCAGUUUUCUUGAUCUGUCAAACAACGCAUUAUCCGGCCUGCCACCCGAACUAGGUACAAUGACAACCCUAAGAAAGCUUCUGCUUAGCGGAAAUCCUAUGAGAGCACUUCGUAGUUCUUUGGUUUCUGGACCAACGUCAACAUUGAUGAAGUAUCUGCGAAGCCGCCUUUCGUCUGAUGAAGAAGCAUCAGGGUCUAGAACCACCCCAACAAAAGAUGACCAGAUUUCUGCAGCAAGACGAUUAUCUGCAUCUUCAAAGGAGUUGAAUUUGAGUGGUCUUGGUGUGCCCAAUGUACCCCCUGCAGCUUGGGAGACAAGUGAUGUGGUGAAACUUGAUCUUUCUAAGAACUUGAUAGAAGAUCUGCCAAAUGAGUUGUCCCUGUGCUCAUCACUUCAAGCUUUGAUUCUGUCUAAUAACAAGAUAAAAAAGUGGCCUGGCAUGGUUGUUUCCUCCCUUCCCAGUCUCACUUCCUUGAAGCUGGACAAUAAUCCUCUAGCAGCGAUAUCGUCCACUGAUGUCGAGUCUCUAUCAAAACUUGAAGUUCUUGAUUUAAGUGGCAAUGCAUCCUCAUUGACUGAACCUUCUGUGAUUUCUUCAUUACCACAACUGCAUGAACUCUAUCUUAGGCGAAUGAAACUCCAGGGAUUUCCUAUUGGGCUCUUCCAGUUAAAACAUCUACGGAUUCUUAGCCUCAGUCAGAAUCAUCUCACAACCAUACCUGAGGGUAUCAAAGAUUUUAGUGCUCUCGUCGAGCUUGAUCUUUCAGACAACAAUAUAACAGCGCUCCCAGCCGAGCUGGGUCUGCUUGAGCCUAGCCUGCAAGUGCUCAAACUUGACGGAAAUCCCCUUAGGAGCAUAAGGCGGACUGUUCUGGAGCGAGGAACGAAAGCUGUUCUCAGCUAUCUCAAAGAAAAGCUUCCAUCCAACUGAAUAAUAUCAUCAUAUAUUCUGGCUGGAGUUAUUCCCUUGGUUUCCCCCCUGCCGUGUUGAAUAAGUUUCCUGUGGUUGAAGUGUACUGAAUUGUCUUGUGUGUGCGCACGCAAGAGAAAGAUGGGUUGCCAUAUGCAUAUUACAAUAUUUAUUAGGUUGACACAAGAUUAUGUGAUUUGUAUUUUAUAAUUCGAUGGUGUUGGUUGGCUGAAA